UUGUGCUGGUUCUCACUACAAAAUGAGUUUGUUAGCAUCCUUCAUUCUUACGUUCCUAUGCGUAGUUGAAUGUUGCGCUCAAGAACAUCGAAGCAAUAUCAGCUUUGUCACAACGAGUCCAGAGAUCGAACCUGGCUCGGGAAAUUCUGAUAACAACGUAAGCCUAUCUAGUGAACUUGAAAAUGUAACUUCAACAAAAAUCGAUCAAUACGAUAUCAGAAUUAAAGCGCUGGAACAGAAACUGAAAGAAAUUGAGAGAGAAAAAGUUAAGAAGUGCUCGCCAACGUCGUUUUUAGAAACCUGGGACAUGGCAUCUUUAAUCAUGGAAAAAGCUCGCGAAACAGCAAUAAAUGUUCCAAACGAUUCUCAAUGUCAAACAACAUGUCGACCAGGCAAGAAAGGCCCAGAAGGUGCAAAAGGUGAUAUCGGACCGACAGGACAAAAUGGCGCCACGGGACGUCAGGGAGCUAAAGGAGAAAGUGGAACAUCGUUUAAUUGCUCCCGAUAUGAUGAGUUGGCACACAAAGUUCAAAUCCUCGAAGAAAAAAAAGCUCGAGAAUUACAACCCUUAGCAGAUGGUUGGUAUCGUGUUCACAGUUACCCAUAUUGGUACAAAUUGUUACAAGUAUCGUCAGACUAUCAGACAGCCAGACAAAACUGCGAACUCAUGGGUGGCCGAUUAGCAGCGAAUGGUAUUCGGAAUCCAACCAUUCGUAGCGAUCUUCUCGACAAGUUCAUCAGAAGAACAGAAACUCCGAGCUGGAUAGGACUUGACGACCUUGAGAAACAAGACAACUGGAAAUGGUCAGACGGAGUUUCAUCAACUUCUUCAAAUACACCAUGGAGUGAAGGAGAACCAGAUGGUCAAGAUCAAAGAUGUGGGUGUAUGUGGCAUGACUAUCAGUAUAAAGUAGUAGAUUUAAAUUGUAGUUUUCAAGCAUUCUAUCUUUGUGAGAAGUAA